CGCUGACAUUUCAAGUCACUUUUUCCUUUUACACGGCGCUUCUUCAGUGAGUAGUUGCCUGUGAACGUGGAGUAUUUUUUUCUUAAAUAAUCUGCGCCAUCCUAAAGGUUUGGUGAUUCAAAAUGGUUCAGAAGAAACCGAAGAAGAAGGUUGGAAAGAAGGUAGCAGCAGCCCCUCUUGCUGUAAAGAAAACUGAAGCAAGGAAGGAGGUCAACCCCUUGUUCGAGAAGAGGCCCAGAAACUUCGGCAUUGGGCAGGACAUUCAGCCUCCACGUGACCUCUCCCGGUUCGUCAAAUGGCCGAAAUAUAUCAGAAUCCAACGGCAGAAGGCUGUUUUGCAAAAGCGAUUGAAGGUGCCUCCACCAAUCAAUCAAUUUACCCAGACAUUGGAUAAACAAACAGCUACGCAGCUUUUCAAAGUCUUGGAGAAGUACAGGCCUGAAACUGAGCUGCAAAAGAAAAAUAGAUUGAAGGCUAAAGCUGAAGCGAAGGUAGCCAAAAAAGAAGUGGCUCCUUCGAAGAAGCCAAAUACUUUGAAGGCUGGUACUAACACAGUUACCAAAUUGGUUGAACAGAAGAAAGCCCAAUUAGUGAUCAUUGCCCAUGAUGUUGAUCCAAUCGAGUUGGUUCUCUUCCUGCCUGCCCUUUGCAGAAAGAUGGGUGUCCCAUACUGUAUUAUUAAAGGCAAGGCUCGUUUAGGUCUUCUUGUCAGACGCAAGACAUGCUCCGCAGUGGCUCUCAGCCAAGUUGACUCUGGAGACAGGUCUAACUUUAACAAGAUUUUGGAGGCCAUCAAAACGAACUUCAAUGACCGUGGCGAUGAGCUUCGCAAACACUGGGGUGGUGGUCUGUUAGGCACGAAAUCAGCGGCCCGCGUCGUGAAAAUCGAGCGGGCGAGGGCCAAAGAAUUGGCACAAAAGCAGGGGUAAUCGCUUAAGCGAGACUCUGCAAUAAAUAAUAUUUAAGUUGA